GUGUACAGGCCUUUACCGGGAGGGGCGCGGCACAAGCUUCAAGUGGGCAGCAGUUUACCUCCCCUGCAGCUAUAGUCCCGUGUCUGUCUGUCGCGCGCUCCUGCUCGAGCUUCAUUACAUUACCGAGGGACCUGGGGAAGUGGAACAAGUCUCCCUACUCACCACAGCGAUGGCGGGCUUGAACAUUUGGAUCUUCUACGGACUGCCGCUGCUUCUUCUCUUGGAAUGCACGGCCUUUAACCUGGACCACGAAAGUGUCCUGCGGAAGAACGGGAAACCUGGAAGUUUUUUCGGAUUCUCCAUGGCCAUGCACUGGCAACUUCUUCCAUCAGAUAAAAGAAUGCUGCUGGUAGGGGCCCCCAGAGCCGGGCCCCUGAGCAGGCAGAAGGCGAAGGUCCCUGGAGGGCUGUACAACUGUGACUUCACCAACCCCUCCGAGACCUGUGAGAGGGUGAAUUUCGAUAACGAUGAGGACCUUUCCAAGGAGAGCAAAGAGAACCAGUGGAUGGGAGUCACUGUUAACAGCCAGGGACCCGGAGGGAAGAUUGUGACCUGCGCUCACCGUUACCAGACACGCAACAACGUGGGCAAAGAAAUAGAGACCCGCAACAUCAUCGGCCGCUGCUACGUGAUGAGCCAGGACCUGACAAUGAACCCCAAGGACAACGAGGACAACGGCAACUGGCACUUCUGCAGGGGCCGCAACUACGGCCACGAGCGCUUUGGCUCCUGCCAGCAGGGGCUCUCCGCCACCUUCGACAAGGAGUACCACUACCUGAUCUUUGGAGCGCCGGGCGCAUACAACUGGAAAGGUGUGGUGCGUCUUGAACAGAAUAACAACACCCUCGUUGAAAUGGGCAUCUACCAGGACGGUCCAUUUGAGACCGGCGACGAGCGGGAGCUGAGGGCCGAUCUGGUACCUGUUCCUCCCACCAGCUAUCUGGGCUUCUCCCUGGACUCCAGCAUGGCCCUGGUGGUGAAGGGCAGGCUGACGGUGGUGGCGGGGGCACCAAGGGCCAAUCACAGCGGGGCGGUGGUGCUGAUGACGAUAGAUAAUGACUCCAGCAUGCGGGAGGAGUUCACCCUGCAUGGGCAAGGCCUGGCCUCCUCCUUCGGCUACGACCUGGCAGUGCUGGACCUCAACCAAGACGGUUGGCAUGACAUCGUUGUGGGGGCCCCGCAGUACUUUGAGAAGGACGGGAAGAUAGGGGGCGCGGUCUACGUCUACGUCAACAAGGCCGGGGCAUGGGACACAGUCACCGCCCUCCGGAUCGACGGGCCUCAGGACUCCAUGUUUGGACUGUCUGUGGAGAACCUGGGCGACAUCAAUCAGGACAAUUACCCCGACUUUGCAGUCGGGGCCCCCUACGAUGACGAGGGUGCGGGGGUGGUCUACAUCUACCACGGCUCAGAGGACGGCAUCAGCUCCAACAAGAAGCAUUCCCAGAUGUUGAUGGGCAGGCCGUUGAGUAGCAGGCAUUUCGGCUACUCUCUGGCGGGGAACAUGGACCUGGACCUGAACACCUACCCCGACCUGGCCGUGGGCUCUCUCUCCGACUCGGUGUUUGUCUUCAGGGCCCGCCCAGUUGUUGACAUCAUCAAGAAAAUCACCAUCACCCCCCCCGAGCUGGACCUCACCAAGAAGAACUGCGGCGACAAGAUCUGUCUAACAGUGUCCGGCUGCUUCAGCUACGUCGCCAGCGCCGCGAACUACAAUCCUCAACUGAGUGUGCGCUACAAACUGGUGGUGGAGGAUCAGCGUAAGAAGGCGGGCCUACCCUCCAGGGUGGUCAUCACCCAGGCGUCGUCCUCUGGCAGCAACUUCGAGAUCAGUGGCCUCCUCAAGUUGACCAAGCAGAAUCAGCAGUCCUGUCUGGAAUGGAAACUCACCUUGCAGGACGACAUUCGGGACAAGCUGCGCGGCAUCCCGAUCGAGGUGUUCGUGGACAUCCAGGACAGCGCGCGGCGCCGGAGACAGGCCUCUGUGGCCGAGCUAAAGCCCGUCCUGGACGCCGACAAGCCCAAAAGCAUCCGCUCAGAGGUGAGCUUCCUGAAGGAGGGCUGUGGAGCAGACAACGUGUGCCAGAGUAAAAUGGUGGUAGGGUAUCGCUUCUGCAGAAAGAAACCCAACCAAGACGUCUUUGAACCACUAAACCUCGACAGCUCUGGGGUGCCAGUGUUGUCCCUCAGCAACGAGAAGGAGAUUGCCUUGGAGGUCACGGUGACCAACGUCGAGGGCGACGAUGCCUACGAGGCCUCUAUCAACGCCACCUUCCCCAACGCCCUGUCCUACUCCUCAUACCGCGUCCUGUCUAAAGACAUCCAUCCGGUGACCUGCAAGGCCAAUAAGGAUGGCUCUAUGGCAGAAUGUGAACUUGGGAACCCCUUCAAACGAGACGCUAAGGCGACCUUCUACAUCAUUCUGAGCACAGCAGGCAUCUCUCUGAACACCACCGAGUUGGAGAUCGAUCUUACACUUGACACGACGAGUGAUCAGAAAGAAAAGAAGCCUAUCAAGGCAAGGGCAAAAGUGGUGAUUGAGCUACUUUUGUCUUUAUCAGGGCAGGCCCAGCCCUCCCAGUUGUACUAUACGGGGAAGGUUGUAGGAGAGAGCGCCAUGAAGACAGAGAGCGACAUUGGCAGUGCUAUCAAAUACAUUUUCAGGAUCAUCAACUUGGGGAAGCCCCUGAACAACAUCGGCUCUGCCAGCAUGGUGGUCAGAUGGCCCAAGGAGAACGCACACGGGAAGUGGCUGCUGUACCUCAUGGGCAUCAGCUCUGACGGGUUACACAAGGUCAACUGCUCCCCUGCGGGAGAGAUCAACCCUAAAGGCGUCAAAAAGGAGCCAUCUACCAACCGGAAGCGACGAGCCAUUGGGGACAAAAGCAUAAAAGAAGGUUCCACUUCUCAGCUAACAGAUGUUAGGAAAUCUGAGACUUUGUCCUGUGGCAGUGGGGCGUCGUGUGUGGAGUUUCAGUGCCCCCUUCUGGGACUGGACAGUAAUGCAGCCCUCAUGUUCCAUGCUCGUCUGUGGAACGGCACUUUGAUUGAGGAGUACUCCAAGUUGAACUAUCUGGAUAUCAUAGUGAAAGCUUCUCUUAAAGUGGUCAUCGCCGGACAGGAAAUGGCUCUGAAGAACUCAGAAACACAGGUGAAGGUGACGGUGUUCCCGGAGAGGCGUGGGUACCAGACCGGCGGGCUGCCCUGGUGGAUCAUCCUGGUGGCCAUCCUGCUGGGCCUGCUGCUGCUGGCCCUGCUCAUCUUCCUCCUGUGGAAGUGUGGCUUUUUUAAACGUACCAAACACGAAGACACGGUUCCCAGUUACAACGCCGUGCGGAUCAAAAGGGAGGUGAGGGACGGCAGAGCCGGACAGCAGGACCACUGGGAGAACCUGGAGAAGAAGCCCUGGAUCAGGAGCUGGAAGGACAACCAGCAUCACUCCUAACCUCCGGCGCUCGCUCAGAGACCAGCUUGCCUCCUGUUUGUUGCUUUUUUUCCCUCGUACUGUCCUCUGUCCUGCCUCCACACGUACGGCGAUGCACAUACGAAGAAUGAAAAGAAAAGGACUUGCUAUGUACUUGAUCUGGGUUUUUUGGAGGCUGAUCUCGAUUGAGGUCACUGAUGUCAAUCACUGGAAUGAUAUACGAUAGGGCUACUCUGCACAACUACGGUCUUUCACAGCCUGGGGAGGGGGCGGGGCUUGUUUUGU